AUGGUUUGUCUCAAUCUUCCACCUCACUUACGAUAUAAACUGGAGAACGUUUAUCUGGUCGGAAUCAUGCCGGGCCCACACGAGCCAUCCCUCGAUCAAAUAAAUCAUUUUCUUAGACCGCUGGUCACCGACCUCCUACGCCUGUACAAGCAUGGAAUAUACCUGAAACGCACGUAUCUUUACCCGGCAGGCCGUCUCAUUCGCGUAGCUCUGGGCCCUCUGAUCUGCGACCUGCUGGCAGCGAGGAAGACUGCAGGGUUUGCUGGACACAGGGCUAAUCUGUUUUGUUCUUUCUGUCAGCUUCCACUCAGCGACAUCGCCGACUUGUCAAAGGCUUCGUGGACGAGACGAACAGCUGAACAGCAUCGUCUGGAUGCGAUACGGUGGGCAGAGGCGCCAUCGGAGAAUGCUCGGCAGGUAGCUCUCAAGCGCCGUGGAGCUCGGUGGUCCGAGCUACUGCAUUUGCCGUAUUGGGACGUUGUUAGAUACACCGUUGUUGAUGCAAUGCACAACUUAUUCCUCGGUAUGGUUUCGAAGUCAACACAGGGAUUAUCUACCUAA